AUGUCCUCACCGACAGUGUCACAGCCGUCGUCCCGAGCGAAACCACCUCAAGAUGAAGACCAAAGCCAAGACCAACUCGAGCCAAAGGAUGCGGCUCAGGUCAAAGGCUCCAACAAUGAGAUAGUUCAACCUGCGCAACCUCAAACUGGAAAAGAACAAUUCAAUGCCAUGCUGAGGUCAACAAAAAUCCAUCCAGAUGGGCACUGCAUCGGCUCGAUCGGCACCGACGGUGUCUACAGAGAGAUCCAUUAUCUCCCCGGUCCGCCCGACCAGAUCAGCGACUACGAGAUAUACGAUGCGGCGCCCAUGACGCCAGAGAUGAUCAAAGCCUGGCUUGACACAAAGCCGUGGAAACAGGAGACGGAAGACAAGUACCGAGGAGCUGAUGGCAGAACAGUUCCACAGGAACAGUGGUGGAACCCGCCACCUGGCAUUAUCUUCCCUAUGAAAUCGAAGAAUACGCGCGAUGAGGAGAUGAGGGUGUAUCGUGAGGAGAGGAAGGCAAAGGAAGAGAAGAUUGCAAGGGGAGAAAUCGAAGCGGAAGUGCCUGUAGCGUGUAACAGUAUCAAGAGUGACUAUGAUCUGAGCCCUCGCUAG